AUGGCUGCCCGAAUCCUUCAACCCGCCCUUCGGCAAUUUUCCUUCGCUCGCGCGAGCCCGGCCCUUCGUGGGCUUCCAGGCGGCCUGCCGUGCAGGUGGUUCAGCACAGGCUCCGCCGAGCUGCAGCGAGUCAUUGCAGCAGUGGAGCGUUACAAGAUGGCCCGGAAGGACGACCUCCUUCGAGACGCAGACAGCCCCACGGCAGACCGGGAGGAGACCUUGAAGGCCUUGGACUCGGCGAUCACUGGCGAGACCAAGUGGGACGAGCUGAAGUUCGAUGACAUCGACCGGGUCGAAGUCCUUUUGGAGGUUGAGGACGAGUUCAACCAUGUCAUACCAGAUGCGGAUGCGGACAAGAUCAGCUCAGUGCCUGACAUCAUGGAGUACCUGGACAAGAACGGAGUGAAGUGA